AUGGAAUAUUUUUAAAAAUAUCAAAAACUUGGUAAUAUUAACUAAUAAAACGUUCCAAGUUAAAAGUUAAAAAAAUAAAUUUCCAGAUAUUUUACUUUCAAGAAAGUAAAUAAAAAGAUACAUUAAAUUUUUAAAUGUUAAUUCGUGAUGUGA